UUUUUCUUUUUCCUUUAUAUUUUAAUUGCAAUUAGUUUUAAUUACUUAUUAGAAAGUAUUACAAACAAUGCCAAACUCUCAUAAAUAUGAACAAAUUCCUUUAGAUAAUCAAGCCGAUGAUCACUACUCCAGUAAUUACAUUUCUCAACCAUCAGCACCAUCAGCAACGACAGACAAUAAUCAUAGACAGCAACAGCAUAAUAUCAUCGAUAGUCAAAGAGCGAGCCUAGAGGAUGCUUUUGGUCCGAACAACGACGAGGAAGAGUAUGACGAAAUCGAACAUCUUGAAUCAGCUGAGCGACAACACUUAUUACCUCCUUCGCCCACAUCGAUCAGCAAUAACAUUUACGAAGACUCAAAUACAACUCCUAGUCAUUUGCCUUCUACGGGAAAUAAUAAUUCACGAAUAGGCAUUCAACAACAAUCAACUGAUGGUGUGUUUUCAAACAUAUCAGCCAAACCUGAUUUAGACUCAAAAGUAGAAGAUGAAGUGCCACCGACAUAUGAAGAAGCUGCGGCAGACGCUACACCGCCUUAUUGGCAAACAACAGUUAUUGCACCUGCCGGAGUAGGAGACUUUGUUUUAGUGGGAGGACUGCCAGUAGGAAGUGUAUUGAGCUUCAUUUGGAAUUUAGCAGUAUCUGCUAGUUUUCAAAUGGUAGGAUUUAUGUUGACUUAUUUAUUACAUACAACUCAUGCCGCAAAAGAGGGAGCAAAAGCAGGUUUGGGCAUUUCACUGGUUCAAUAUGGAUUCUAUGUACGUAGUAGAGGCAGCUUGGAAGAAAACUUUGAUUAUGGUAGCGGAAAUAACGACAGCGGUAGUAUGCACAAUGACGAUAACAAUGACGCUGCUACUCAGGCUGAUUUGGUUGCUUAUAUAAUGAUGUUCCUCGGUUGGUUUAUCAUACUUCGAGCUGUGUCUGACUAUACGAAAGCACGUAAAAUGGAGCAGAUUAUCAAUUCUGAGCCAACAACCGUAUCACCUGAAAACAUGGUUUAAUUGCCAUGCUAAACUGAAGUAUGCCCAUCUUCCCACAGCUCAAUUCGAAUUGUAACAUAGACCACCUCCCACCUAUUUUGUUUUUCUUUUCACAAAACCGACACUGCUCUGUCAUGCAUCCAAUCAAGAAUACCCUUUUUUUUUACUGUUUACUUUGUACCAAUAACUCCAUUCUACUAUUACAUUGCACACAAUUUUCUUUUGAUUUUCUUUUUGAAAGAAUAAAUAGAUUUU